UUGCGUCACCAUAGCUAUCCAACUUCACAGUUUUUCUUUUCUCAGAAAUUGCACUAAAACCCGCAAAUUGUGUCUUCUUGUAAUUGAAGGGUCCAAUUUUUUUUAUUUUUUUUUAAUAAGACCAAAAACAAAAAUUAUAAUCUUUCAGCAACUGCUGUUUUGAAGCUUAUUGCGAACCCAGAAAGCUUGGCACUCUUUAAGUGACAGCUCGAAGAGUAGUUGUAUAAUUUAAAUGAUGGCAAAGAGACCUGAAUAUGUAUUCCUUGAAGAAUGGCUACGCAGCAGCAGUGGGACCCACGAGAACGUGACGCUGAAUCAUCCUUCUUCAGCAUCAGCCCAAGUUAUCAUCCGAGCAUGGGCUGAUCUUAGGGACUCCCUUCAAAAUCAGUUAUUUAAUUCAAAUCACCUCCAAUCUCUGAGGACACUCGUCAAUGCUCAGUUCUCUCUUUAUAUUGCUGAUCCACAAGCGAAGCUUCUGUUGUCUCUUUUGUCCUCGCAAAAAAUCUCCCUUCCGCAGGAAUCUUAUCCUUUAUUUGUCAGGCUUCUAUACAUUUGGGUUAGGAAAUCAUCUAGACAUUCUCCUGGGGUCAUUGAUUCAGCGGUUGAGGUCCUCUUGCACCUUUUCUCUGGACAUAUUCAUUCAAACAAAAGCUUAUCUUUCUUCUCUGAAGGUGUUCUCCUUCUUGGUGCUCUUUCAUUUGUACCUUCAGCAUCCGAAAAAUCUAAAACGGUUUGCUUGAAAUUGCUCUGCCAGCUCCUUGAAGAAGACUAUAGAUUGAUCCGUUUGUCUGAAAGGACAAUUCCGAAUGUUCUUGCUGGAAUUGGCUAUGCUCUAUCUUCUUCUACAAACAAUUAUUUUGUUAGAGUUCUCAGUUGUUUAAUGGAAUUGUGGGACAAAAGUGAUGGUCCUUCUGCUAGUGUGUCUAAUGGGCUCAUGAUACUGCACCUGACAGAAUGGAGUUUUUCAAAUGUUAUCAAUUUUCGCUCCGCAGACAAGAUUGAUCUUUUUAAUAGAGAGGUAUUGAAAAAUACACGACCAACAUUCUCUUUGUUUGCUGUGGUCAUGGCUACUGCUGGAGUACUGAGAGUCAUCAAUAGAUCUAAACAGGAAGCACUAAUGGGGAUAAAGACUUCUGCAGAGGAACGUAUCGAGAUUAUUGCGCAUGGUUUAGUUUCUAGUGCUGGAGAUGCUGAUUAUGCUACCAUGGAGCCAAGAAACUCCUUUCUGUUACAGUGUAUAUCGUUAGCUUUAUCUAAAAGUGGACCAUUUUCUUACCAACCUCAUGUGUUUCUAUGCCUCACUAAAGCUUUGUUGACUGAAAUUUUCCCCUUGCCACGCAUUUAUGUCAAAAUCCAAGAAUCGCCUUCUGGUAACUUGGUGGGAUUAGUUCUCAAUGAGGUCCAGCAACAUCUAGACAGCAGUAUUUUUAAGGAAGCAGGGGCCAUAACUGGUGUCUUUUGCAAUCAAUAUGUCUUAGCUGAUGAAGAAAACCGAAGUGCAGUGGAGGAUAUCAUAUGGAAUUACUGUCGGGAUGUCUAUAUGUGGCAUCGGCAGGUUGCUUUGAUGCUUCGAGGCAGGGAGGAAGCGCUAUUAGGGAAUCUGGAAAAAAUUGCAGAAUCAGCUUUCCUCAUGGUUGUGGUCUUUGCCUUGGAAGUAACAAAGCACAAGUUAAGUUUUAGUGCUCCCCAAGAAAUUCAAAUGAGACUUUCAGUGAGGAUAUUGGUUGCAUUUUCUUGUAUGGAAUAUUUCCGCAGAAUGCGCUUGCCUGAGUAUAUGGAUACGAUCAGAGCAGUUCUUACUAGGGUUCAGGAGAAUGAACAUGCCUGUGUGUCAUUUGUGGAAUCUAUUCCAUCUUAUGAUGAUUUGACAAACCAAGCUGUACCUUCUAGCUUUCAGAAAAUGGAAUAUCUGUGGACUACUGAUGAAGUGCAGACUGCUCGGAUCUCAUUUUAUCUUCGAGUAAUCCCAACAUGUAUUGAAUGUAUACCAGCCUCUGUAUUCCGCAAGGUGCUGGCUUCAACCAUGUUCCUAUACAUGGGGCAUCCAACUGGGAAAGUGGCUAAAGCCUCACACUCGGUGUUUGUCGCUUUCAUGUCCUCUGAGAAGGAUGCUGAUCCAGAUGAAAGAGUUGCAUUAAAGGAGCAACUUGUAUUCUAUUAUGUCAAAAGAUCUUUAGAGGGAUACCCUGGGAUUACUCCUUUUGAGGGAAUGGCUUCUGGAGUUGUUGCACUGGCUAGACAUCUGCCUGCUGGAAGCCCAUCUAUAUUCUAUUGCAUCCACUGUCUCAUUGAAAAAGCUGAUAGCCUUUGUAGUUCAGCCAAUAAUACUCCAGAAACUCACUUGUGGAAGAGUUGGGAUGGAGAGCUGGAGCAUAUCAAGAAGAUGAUGGAUUUACUUUUCCGUCUCCUUUCUCUUGUUGAUAUACAGGUUCUGCCUAGUUUGAUGAAGUCACUGGCACAGUUGGUUGUUAAAUUACCUUCCAGUGGCCAGGAUAUGGUUCUCAAUGAAUUAUAUCAACAUGUUGCAGAAUCAGAUGAUGUUACACGGAAACCGACGUUGGUUUCGUGGUUGCAGUCACUGUCUUAUCUUAGUUACCAAAAUAAAAGCAAGAAAGCAACAAGAGGGACAACAAAAGAAAUACAUGAUUCUACAUCAGGGACUACGGACUCAUUAAGCAUGAAUAAAAUCAGUGCACGGCUAUAGACAAUUGAGCAAGAAGUGAUGUGACAAUUACUUACAAUUGUUAAUUUCACUCAGAAGUCAGGAUUAUGGAUUGGCUUUCCCACGUGUCCAUAUCUAUGGUUUGUUGAUCCAUUCCAUUUUGAAGUUUCCUCUCAGAAUUAUCAGGAUUUGUUGCCACUUGGUAGUAAUAUGUUCACCACGGCAAUCUAGGGCAAAUUCAACAUCCAACACCAAGGGGUGAGUUCUCACUUCUGAGUGCUGCCUCCAAGAUUGGCUUAGUGGCUGCAUCCCUUGAGAUCAUGAAGACUUGGGUGUGCUUUGAGAUCGUAUGCACACAAAUUCAACAUCAGGUUUAGUUUAAUGAGGCAAGAGGAAGAUGCUGCUGGGUGAAGUUGGAUUUUCUCUUUGAUGCCUAGCUUCUGGUUGAGGAAAUUGUGCCAUAUCUUGCUCUAGGCCAGAAGCGGAGCCAGAAAUUGUAGUUAAUAGGUUCAGAAUCACAAUAUGUUUUGUUUACAGGGUUCUGGAUAGAUUAUUUAUACGUAUUAAAUGAGUUUUUUAAAUACAAAUAUAGUGUUUGAGCCAAAUCUACC